GCAGCAGGAGCAGAGAGCAGCCAUUGCUGUGUCUGGCAGCAGUAGUGAUGAAGGCAUCAAGUAAGUGUGAGACAUCCAGCAGCCGUCCCCGUGUGUCAGGAGGACUGAGCAGGACCCAGAGCCUCAUCACGGUGCCUCUACCUCACUCACUGAUACAUGAGAGACACACUGACCAGAAAAUCUUUGAACUCACCAACAAAUUCAUUCAGCUGCUGACUGGAGAGGAGGGGGAGUAUAUAGAGGAACACAGGGGUCUGUACAAGGACGUGAUGAUGGAGAAUCACCGGCCCCUCACAUCACUGGAUGGGCCCAGUAACAGAGAUACCCCAGAGAGAUGUCCCCGUCCUCUGUAUUCCCAGGAUUGUACAGAGGAGAAUCACAGGACCCCACAGGAGGAUCAGGUAGAACGUCUGUCUGAUAUUAAAACAGAAGAUAUAAAGGGAGAAGAAGAGACGUAUGUGACUGAUAUAAAGACAGAAGAUAUAGAUGGAGAAGAAGAGAAGUAUGUGACUGAUAUAAAGGCAGAAGAUAUAGAGGGAGAAGAAGAGACGUAUGUGACUGAUAUAAAGGCAGAAGAUAUAGAGGGAGAAGAAGAGACGUAUGUGACUGAUAUAAAGGCAGAAGAUUCAGCGGGAGAAGAAGAGACGCAUGUGACUGAUAUAAAGGCAGAAGAUAUAGAGGGAGAAGAAGAGACGUAUGUGACUGAUAUAAAGGCAGAAGAUAUAGAGGGAGAAGAGGAGACGUAUGUGAGGGGUGAUCAGCAGUGUAACGAGGAGGAAUUCCCUACAGAUAUCAGAACAGAUGGACACACAAGCAGGAAUAUCUCAGAAGGACAUCUAAUGUUAUCCCCGGAUUGUGACAUAAAAGAUAAUGACAGUAGACAGGAUUCUCCAGGAGCUAACCCCAUUACCCCAAUUAUACAUCCAGCUUUAUCAGCUGAUCCCCCUGAUCCUGGGAAAUGUUCUCCUGAUUACUCUGAUAUUGGUGCAUCUGUUACAGCUCUGAGAGUAGAUACAGUGUUUCCCUGUUCUAUAGAUGCCAAAUGUUUUACACAGAACACAAAGCCUAUUAACCAACAGACAGGUAAGGCAGGUGAGAGGCCAUUUCCAUGUUCUGAGUGUGGGAAAUGUUUUACAUAUAAAUCACAUCUUGUUAUACAUCAGAGAAGUCACACAGGUGAUAGGCCAUUUCCAUGUUCUGAGUGUGGGAAAUGUUUUGCACGGAAAUCACAUCUUAUUAAUCAUGAGAGAAGUCACACAGGGGAGAAUCCAUUUCCAUGUUCUGAGUGUGGGAAAUGUUUUACAUUCAAAUCAGAUCUUGUUAGACAUCAGAGAAGUCACACAGGUGAGAAACCAUUUCCAUGUUCUGAGUGUGGGAAAUGUUUUGCACGGAAAUCAGUUCUUUUUAUACAUCAAAGAAGACACACAGGUGAGAAGCCAUUUUCUUGCUCAGAGUGUGGAAAAUGUUUUGCACACAAAUCACAUCUUGUUAUACAUAAGAGAAGUCACACAGGUGAAAAGCCAUUUUCUUGCUCUGAGUGUGGGAAAUGUUGUGUAAGUAAAUCACAUCUUGUUAUACAUCACAGAACUCACACAGGCGAGAGGCCAAUUCCAUGUUCUGAGUGUGGGAAAUAUUUUGCACGGAAAUCUCAUCUUAUUAAUCAUGAGAGAAGUCACACAGGGGAGAAUCCAUUUCCAUGUUCUGAGUGUGGGAAAUGUUUUACAUUCAAAUCAGAUCUUGUUAGACAUCAGAGAAGUCACACAGGUGAAAAACCAUUUCCAUGUUCUGAGUGUGGGAAAUGUUUUGCACGGAAAUCAGUUCUUUUUAUACAUCAAAGAAGACACACAGGUGAGAAGCCAUUUUCUUGCUCAGAGUGUGGGAAAUGUUUUGCACACAAAUCACAUCUUGUUAUACAUAAGAGAAGUCACACAGGUGAAAAGCCAUUUUCUUGCUCUGAGUGUGGGAAAUGUUGUGUAAGUAAAUCACAUCUUGUUAUACAUCACAGAACUCACACAGAUGAGAAGCCAUUUUCUUGCUCUGAGUGUGGGAAAUGUUUUGCACGGAAAUCAGUUCUUUUUAUACAUCAAAGAAGUCACACAGGUGAGAAGCCAUUUUCAUGUUCUGAGUGUGGGAAAUGUUUUGCACACAAAUCAUAUCUUGUUAUACAUCAGAGAAGUCACACAGGUGAAAAGCCAUUUUCUUGCUCUGAGUGUGGGAAAUGUUGUGUAAGUAAAUCACAUCUUGUUAUACAUCACAGAACUCACACAGAUGAGAGGCCAUUUCCAUACUCUGAGAAAUAAAUCAUCUCUUGUUUCACACAAUAGACAUCACUCAGGUGAAGAACCAUUUUAUUCUUCUGGAGUAUACUCGUCAUUGCCAUGGAAUGUUCUUCAAGGUUCUUAUCCUAUCUCCUAUGCUUUAUGCAAUAUACAUGCUACCACUGGGUGAAAUAAUCAGAUGUCAUGCCCUCAUCUACCACUGCUAUGCAGAUGACCUGUCCUUUGCUCCGGGUACUGAGAACCCAGUACCAAUCCUAAAUGGUUGUCUAACUGAGCUCCAGAUGUGGGUGAUGCCAGUUGGCUGUGACUCAGUCCUGGUGAAACAGGUCCUUAUGAUAGUCUCACCAACAAAGGGCAGGGCUACAGCUCAGCUUUGCAAACCAACCAGACUUGCCACAUAACACCCAUUCUCUGUUACCUUCAACGGCUGCCUGUAAGAUGGUGACUAUUACAUAAUCUUACUGACUCUCCCAGCCCUACAUGACCAGGGUCCAAGUACCAGAAGCAGCUUCUGUCUCCUUACUGCCCUGGUUACUUCCAUCUGCAGAUGAUAAACUGUUACCGGCAAUACCAAAAAUCCACAAGCAGUGCUGAUAUGUCAGGGGGGAGACAGGGUGGGUGACACUAUUGCUGUAUCAGAGGCACUGUCUGUGGGUAAUAUCUCCAAGCAGUGCUGAGGUGGCAGAGGGGGUACACAGGGGGGCUGACAGUAGUGGGGACUGCAGGAGGCAGUGUCUGUGUGAGAAUCUUGUCCUCAAGCAGAGCUAAGGUUUCAGAGUGGGAGACAAGGUGGUGGCAGUAGCGGAAGACAUGGCGGGUGGCAGUA